AUUCAAUUUUAACCAUUUCUAACAUGUAUUUAAAUAACCCUAAGGAACUUUCAGUUGAUUCAACUUGGAACAUUUUUAAUUGACUUAAAUGCGCCCUUCGACUUUUUUACGGUACAGUUUCACUUGGUAUUACGGUAACGUGAGGUAGGCGUGCUUUGCGUCGGAAUGUACCAUUUUCGCCAAGACACCGGGAAGGAUUCUGUUGUGACAGCGUAAUAACAACCCGGCGGGGGUAGACGGUCAUAAAAUAUAAAAUAGGUGUUUUCAUCUUGGAUCAACAAUGGCCUUCAGCAAAGGAUAUCGCAUUUACCACAAACUGGACCCACCCCCCUACAGUGUUAUAGUGGAAACUAGAGGCAAAGAAGAAUGCCUCAUGUUCGAAUCGGGGGCCGUUGCUGUUCUUUCUGCAGCAGAGAAGGAUGCCAUUAAAAACACAUACGCCAAGAUUGUUGAUGCCUAUGGCAUCCUGGGCGUCCUCCGCCUAAACCUGGGUGACUCCAUGCUCCACAGUCUGGUGGUUGUGACAGGAUGCAGCUCUGUGGGGAAGGUGCAGGAUUCUGAGGUUUUCAGGGUCACACAGACAGACUUUAUAUCGCUGAAGAAUGAUCCAGCGGAUGAGGACCGGAUUGCUGAAGUGCGAAAGGUCCUGAACUCAGGACACUUCUACUUUGCCUGGUCUGCCUCUGGAGUUAGCAUGGACCUGAGUCUAAGUGCACAUCGCAGGAUCCUAGAGGACACAACAGAUAACCGCUUCUUUUGGAACCAAUCUCUGCACCUGCACCUGAAACACUACGGAGUAAACUGCGACGACUGGCUGUUGAGGCUGAUGUGUGGCGGUGUGGAGAUCAGGACCAUCUACGCAGGGCACAAACAGGCCAAGGCGUGCAUCUUCUCCCGCCUCAGCUCAGAGCGAGCCGGCACCAGAUUCAACGUCCGAGGAGCAAAUGACGACGGACAGGUGGCCAACUUUGUGGAGACAGAACAGGUUAUUUUCCUGGAUGACAAAGUAUCAUCCUUCAUACAGAUCCGUGGGUCCAUUCCUCUUUUCUGGGAACAGCCAGGAAUUCAGAAAAAGUCCAUAAAGGGUGUUUUGUUGCAACUGAAUGAGAAUCGGCAUCGUAAUGGAAUGGAUGAGAACCCCCACCUGGUCGGCUCUCAUCGUGUCAAACUGUCAAGAGGAUUUGAGGCAAAUGCGCCCGCAUUCGAAAGACACUUCACCACACUGCGAAGGUUGUAUGGUAAACAGGUGAUCAUCAACCUACUUGGGAGUAAGGAAGGGGAACACAUGCUCAGCAAAGCUUUUCAGAGUCACCUGAAGGCAUCAGAGCAUGCAACAGCGGUGAAAAUGGUGAACUUCGACUACCAUCAAAAUGUGAAGGGGGGAAAGGCCGACAAACUGCACAGUGUCCUAAAACCCUACCUCAGCAAGUUCAUAGAGGAGUGUGGCUUCUUCUACUACUCUGGAGAGACAGGCAUUGCAAGAACUCAAGGUGGGACCCUAAGGACAAACUGCCUGGACUGUCUGGACAGAACCAACAGUGUUCAGGCUUUCUUUGCCCUUGAGAUGCUACCAAAGCAGCUGGAGGAAAUGGGUCUGACAGAGAAACCCCAGCUGGUGGCCAGGUUCCAGGAGGUUUUUAGGACCAUGUGGUCUGCAAACGGCGACUCCGUCAGUAAGAUCUACGCGGGCACCGGUGCUCUGGAUGGCAAGGCCAAGGUUGGAAAGCUAAAAGAUGGCGCUCGUUCUGUGACGAGGACCAUCCAGAACAACUUCUUCGACAGCUCUAAGCAGGAGGCCAUAGACAUCCUGAGGCUGGGCUCCACACUCAACAGCGAUCUGGCGGACAAAGCUCGAGCCUUGCUCACCACUUCCAGUCUUUAUGCCUCUCCAAGAGUACUGCUGGGAAUGUGUCAGAACUACCAUAAAUACACGAAGCCCAAGCAGAUCCGCGUGUGUGUCGGCACCUGGAAUGUUAACGGCGGUAAACAGUUUCGCAGCAUUGCUUUCCGAAACCAGACGCUCAACGACUGGCUGUUGGAUGCUCCAAAGAAGGCAGGCCAUCCUGAUUUCCAGGACAGCAAAGCCAACCCCCCAGAUAUCUUUGCCAUUGGCUUUGAGGAAAUGGUUGAACUGAAUGCUGGAAACAUUGUCAGUGCGAGCACUACAAACCAAAAACUCUGGGCAGCUGAGCUACAAAAAAACUUAUCACGGGACCACAAGUAUGUGUUGCUGGCUUCAGAGCAGCUGGUGGGAGUCUGUCUGUUUGUUUUCAUCCGCCCACAGCACGCACCCUACAUCAGGGAUGUUGCUGUGGAUACUGUAAAAACUGGGAUGGGCGGGGCUACAGGGAAUAAAGGAGGUGUGGCCAUCCGCAUGCUCUUCCACACCACCAGCAUCUGCGUCGUCUGCUCCCACUUUGCUGCUGGCCAGUCACAGGUCAAGGAGAGAAAUGACGACUACAAUGAGAUCACGCGCAGGCUGACUUUCCCCAUGGGUCGUCUGCUGUACUCGCAUGACUACGUUUUCUGGUGCGGAGACUUCAACUAUCGAAUCGGCCUGCCCAAUGAGGAAGUGAAAGAGCUCAUCAAACAGCAGAACUGGGAUGCCUUGACAGCUGGGGAUCAGUUGUUUGACCAGAAAAAUGCUGGUUUGGUUUUCCGUGGUUUUAUCGAGGGCAAGUUAGAUUUUGCUCCCACCUAUAAGUAUGACCUCUUCUCAGAAGACUAUGACACCAGUGAGAAGUGCCGCACACCGGCCUGGACCGACCGCAUACUCUGGAAGAGGAGGAAGUGGAACUUCGACAAAACAGCUGAGGAGAUGAAUGUAGUAGGAGCCAAUACUACGUCUGGGGAGAACGAGGACGAUCCGGACAACCCCUGGAACCCUGGGACGCUGAAGUUCUACAACAGGGCUGAGCUUAAGACCUCAGACCACAGGCCCGUGGUGUCGAUCAUAGACGUGGACAUCCUGGAGGUGGACCCCGAGGCGCGGCACCAGGUCUACAAAGAGGUCAUCGCCCUGCAGGGACCCCCAGACGGGACCAUCCUGGUGUCACUCUGCGCCUCCGGCCCCGACGAUUACUUCAGCGAUGAGCUCAUAGACGAGCUGCUGGACAAGUUUACUAACUUUGGGGACGUCAUCCUCAUCAGGUUUGUGGAGGAGAAGAUGUGGGUGACUUUCCUGGAAGGUUACUCUGCUCUUGCUGCUCUUUCUCUCAGCGCUUCCACUGUCCUUGGCAAGAUGAUCGACAUCCGUCUUAAGAGUCCAGGCUGGAUCAAGAAUCUUGAGGACGAGAUGAGCGUGGAGAGGAUCUGUGGAAGCAUCCCCACCUCAGCGAGCUCCACGCUGCUCGCUGAAGACACAGACAUGGGCGAUGAUGAUUACGAUAUGGAAGGUGAUGUGGACGAUGAGGUGGAGGAGAUCCUUCCCCAGCACCUUCAGCCUGGAGCAGGGUCCGCCCCUGGGUCCUCUCCCCUCCCCUCCCCCCGCGGCAGUCCCUGUCCCUCCCCCACCCACGGAGAACCUCCCGGCCCCAGCAGGCCGACUCGUGGAGGCCCCUCCCGACCAACACAGGGGCCUCCUGUUGACUUCCAGCCCGGUGCCCCUACAUCUAUGGAGCCCAAACGCCCACCGCCCCCUCGGCCCGGCGCCCCCCCAGCCAGACCAGCACCCCCUCAACGCCCACCGCCACCUUCAGGAGGCAUGAGCCCUCUGCCAGUUAGAAGGCACUCUGGAGGACCAAAAAGCCCCGCUCUUCCUCGGCCUGAGGCCGCUACAGCACGAGGCCAGGUAGCAGUGGGGUCUACUGGACCUGCAGGUGCUCCCAGACCAAAUAUCCCUCCUCGAGCCGGGGUGAUCAGCAUACCCCCUCAGUCUCGCCAACAACCUCCCUCUCACCCUGGAGCCCCCAGGCCCAUCACAGAGGUGCAUCCUGGGGCCCCUCGACCCAUCCCAGACAACCACCCCGGGGCCCCACGACCUGCUCUGGCCAAACCCACGGACCUGCCUCUGGGUGUUCCUCCAGCAGAGCCCCAGAUAGCGAGACCCCAGGCUCCGCCCCCCCUGCAGGCCCCCAUGCAAGCCCCCCUGCAGGCCCCCCUGCAGGCCCCCAUGCAGGCCCCCAUGCAGGCCCCCAUGCAGGCCCCCAUGCAGGCCCCCAUGCAGCCCCACAUGCAGCCUCACAUGCAGCCCCACUCAGCGGCCCCUGUAGCUCAGCCCCAGCUCCAGGCCCCCAUGCAGCCCACCCUUCAAGCUCCACUCCAGCCACAGCAGGCUCCUAAAGUCGGACCCCCUGCUUCCUCUGCUGCCUCUGCAGGGUCUCCGCAGGGCCUAGCCUCUCCCAAACCCCCCCCACGCUCCCGCUCCUCUCAAGCUCUGCCACCUGAGGUUGCCAAGACUGAAACAGCCCCAGCUGCCCAGACGAAUGGACUGAAUGGAAUCCAAAGAGAAGCACAAUGGAAGCCGGACCCCUUCAAUCCACUCACCUCUGAUUUACUCCCCUCCUCCUCCUCCUCCCCCUGGCACACCACCCAGUCCCUGAACAGAGGCGCCUCUCUGCGUGCCCCCCCCUCUGUUCCUCUAUCCUCCAACACUCUCCCUUUAUCCUUCUCCCUCCAGUCCUCCGCCCUCUCAGACCUGCAGCCACUCGACUCUUCCUCCUCCUCCUCUUCUUCCACACCUUCCACCGCGUCCCCUUUCUCCUCCUCCCUGCUCCCGCCUCCUCCGGUCCCGUCUCGUAGCCGCUCUCAGGAGACGCUGUGGGCCCCCCCCGGCCCCCUCCUUCCCGACCCGCUCCCCGCCCGGCCCAGCAGCACCAACCCCUUCACGGGCCCUCUGGCGCAGCGGUAUCAGUCCAGCCGCCCGCUCACCCCGGACUUCAGCUCCGUCCCGACGCCAAACAUUCAGAGGACCAUGUCUGCGUUCACUCAGCCCCUCAUCCCCAUCCCUGCUCCAACAGCAGCGGCCCCCACCUCCCAGCUCCAGAGGACCACGUCCCUGUUUGGACCGUCGCCCGCUUUCAACCCCACAGCUGACCCUCUGCUCCCCCUCGCCCCGUCUCCUGUCCCCUCCUUGCCUCUGGCUCCUCCCUCCUCCAUUCCCCCUGUCCUCGCACCUCGUCGCCUGCCACCCCCCUCAGUAGGUAAACCCACAAAGAGUUGGGUCACUUUUGAUGAUGAUUUGGAUUUUCAACAUCCAACCAAAACGCCACAGGCCCCCGUCUUUCCUUCAAGUUCCCUCGUGGGACAAACACAGACUCUCCCCUCCCUCUCUGUGUUUGACUCGGAGCCCGACUGGUUAUCCUCGGUCCCUUCAGUAUUCCCAACGCUCCCUCCUCCCAUCUUGACCAGAACUGUACCCAGCAACCCAAACCUCCCAGAGGGUCUGAGCGACGACUGCUUGUUCCCAACAGAAAGCUGGGAUCACUCUUAAUACAUAAAGGGCAUAUCCAGAUAUGUAUAGAUCUAUGAUAAAUGUGUAUAUGUGUGUGUGUAUGUACAAAAGAGAGUAUUUAAAAGGUAUAGACCAAUCCCCUUCUGAUUCACAGGAACGUAAUAUUUAUCUUCAGCAGUAACAUGUGUGAGCCUGUGUGCUAAGUUUCCCACAGAGAUGUUUGCUUAUCCCUUUACAUUUAUUUUAAUAUGAAUUGUUCUGAUGUUCAUUUUUCUUCAGGGCAGCAAACUCGUGCCUGUGUCUACAUUAUAGAACGAUAUAAAGUACAUCUAUACGCACAAAUCGUAUGUUUAGCCACCUGUGCAAUAUAUAGACAUGUAUGUGUGGCCGUGCAGCAAACUGCAUUCGCCUGCGAGGCUCAGUGUUACCUUGCCAUUCACUGGCAAAAUGCAUCAUUUUGACUGACUUGUACAUCAGAGCAGGCUUCUUAAAGUAGAGAGGAAUCCUCUACCUUCUCAGUUUACAGGAAGUAGAAGGCUAUGCACUGAAGGUUUUACAUUUGCCCCCAAAAUAGUCUGUAUAUUGUGUCUAAUGAGUGCACGUUUAAAAUGCAUAUUGUGCGCUCGCUUUGAACUUGAAUGUACUUUUUGUUGCACUGGGUUGUCAUUGCCUCCUCGCUGAAACCACGGCGUGAACAACCGCAACAAAGUGUCAUAGCCAGUCAAACUGUUCACUGCCGCUGGACUGACUAUCAUCCAGUUGAUAGUAAGACGUUAUGUUCUUCCUUUCUCUAUUCCGUCAUCAUUCCUUGUACGUGGGCUGUUACGCUUAGCUGAAUAUAUUUUGGAGCUCUAUAUCAAAACCUAUACAUAGUGAUUUAUGUAUAAAUGUAGGUUUUCAACAUGGAACCGAUUCGCUAUAUGUGUAUAUUGUGUUUGUGAUGGCUGUAUCAGUGGUUUGCACAAUGUUACUGAUAUGCACUGACAGGCUGUAUGAGCUCUCUUGGUUGUAUUCUUGCUGAUGGCAGAAUGACAGAAAUGAGAGCCAGCGGGUUGAGCAGAUGACCUUUCCACCUCUGCAGUGUUUUUAUUCUUCCUGAUUUAUCCAAAGCAUUUAAACACACUAUUGUAAAUUCAGAGAAUGUGGCCGGUGCGUUUGUAUACUUCUGUUACUCAAAGUACUAUGAUUCGGGUCAGUAAGCAUGGCGGCCAGGCCAAGCCAUGCAUAAUAACAAGAGGGCACAUUUUUUUACUUCAGCUUUUGUUCAUUGCACAAGACAUGCUUUUAAUUUCUCAGAACAUUUACUCUAAAUAUCUAUUGUUAAUAUCUGUGGUGAGAAGUAAUGUGUCGUGUUUGAGGUGCAUAUCGUCUGUUGCCGUGUUUGUGUUUGGAUGUGAGUGUGUGUACGGAGUUAGGGGUGGAAAUGAUCAGAGCUUUGCCCCUUGGAAAUCUUCUCAUUUAAGACGCAGUGUAUUUGCUGAACUAACAGCCACUGUAUUCACUAGCGCAUGGCUGUCACUGUAUUUCCGCUCUAUAGCCUCCAAGGGCUGUGGAGGGGCCUCACUGUAUGCAACAAUGUUAACAAAGACAAAGGACUCUUAUUCCUCAAAGCACCAACCACCUUGACUGAAUAUACAGACUCAACUACACUGUAUGCUGAAAAGCAUCGCCAGAUUAUAAUUUCCAGUUGACUGUUUGUUGUGUCCUUCCCAGGCGCAGUGGCCCACAUUCCAGACAGUAGUGUGAUUUGACGUUUGAAGGUCCGCCUGUAAUAUCUAACCCAUAGCUGUUUCCUCCAGUUGAGAGUAAUUGUUACUGAGCCUCGCUGAUUUCGUAACCAUUCAUGGGGUGUGUGUGGUGUUGUCAGAGGUGAUGUGUCAGUAUUUCCCCCUGUACUACCUGCUGUUGAGUUGUAAAGGUCAGCAUCAAUGAUGAUAAGUAUUUUUGCAAAAGUAUCAGUAAAAGUGUCGUCCUAUAAUAAUUUUGAUGGCUCCUUGAGGAUGACACAAGAAAGUACCAGCUAACUAACGCUUCUGCAAAUGUCAAACAAAUAUAAAUAAUCUUCAUUCUCUGCACUGAAUGCAGUAGCUAUCUAUGUAAGCAAGUGUAUCAGGUCGCCUUUGCUUACAUGUCGGUGUCAUCACUAAAAUGCAUUUAUUGUGUUAUCCAAAUGUGUGCAGUAGAUUCUGUAGGUGACUAGCCAGCGCUUUGUGUCAUGUCAUGUACAAGAUGAGAUUUUAUAGGAAACAAAUUGCUCUUUUUGUGAGGUUGGUGUCCCUUUUUAUGGCUAUAAUCCAUAGUAAAUGAAGAGUCUGUGUUGUUGAACAUAUUCUGUAUGUAUUCAAGAGAAAACAUGAAGCUGCGAUUCGUGUUAAUAUCCAACGUUCCAUAUUUUAAGUGCACAGCAGAUUGCACAUUUAUGUAUGAAGCAGUUUAUGUUGUAUGUAUGCAAAAAUAAAUGUAAGUCGACCCUA